AUGGACCAGCUGCUGCUUCGGACAGGGUCUGGGGGAUCACCUGGAUACGCACUUGGAUACCUGGAGCAUUGCUCAGAGGAGGUGCCGAGGGACAAACCUUUGUGCCAGGUAGCGGCAGCCAAACAGGGGCUGAAACUGAAGGGGAGAACACAUUUAUUUGCCCUUGUUGAAGUGAGGCGAGCACCUGAGUGUGGCGGAAAUGCAGGAGAACGCGAAAGCAUCGGGGCAGAGCAGCCGCUGGAGGUGCCCGAGCCGUCUCCCCCUUGCCCGCAGGGCCGGAGUUGCCCACCGCCGGCAGCUGACAGGUCCGUGCUGGAGAGUGGGAGAAGGGUCCCUGCUGGCUGCCGUGUCCUGGGUGGGCACAGAGCUCUGACCUUGGCCAGAUGGGCUGUUCGGUUUCUUUCUCACAGGUUUCCGGGUGUUUUGAUCCUGACGUCGCCAAAGCCUCAGGCUUCUCUCCCUGGGCCCUUGCCGUUGCCGUAUCUCUUGGAUGCCGUGCAGAACGGAAUCAGGCAGCCAAGCCUCAGGUUCACCUUCUCCCUCACCCUCUGCGCUGCUCGUGUGGCACAGCAGAUCCUGAAGCCAGAGGAGCACGUGUACAUAAGGGUAAAGAGAUUCCUUCUGUCACACCGGUAUUUGGACCUGAGGAAGGUACCAGGUUUUCUCCAGCUUUUCUACAGUUUUGAUUUUGAGUACAAAACAGCACGAGUGGAUCCUCAGAUUUCUUGGGGAAGGGCUGCGUGACAAACAUUGCUGUGAGCUCUAUGUCUACCAGAGGAUUUUCCGGGUCAUUCUUUCCUUUCUCAGCAGUCCUUUGUGUGACCAGGGCUCCCAGAGUCCUAUUCUGGAGAUACGACAGAGUGCUGCUGCCCGUGUCACCUCUAGAGCUGCCCAUGAGCCGAUAGAGGAUCACAGCCUCCUCUCGUGGGUCCUGCACGGCUUAGAGAAAAGGACCUGCUGCACAGGAAGUGGCACAGUAAUGGAUUUGAGCUGUCUAGAACGUUACUUCUCCUCCCCUUGCCUCUCCCUGACAAAAAAAAUCUCUUCUGCAAGCACAGAGUGCCCUGACAGGUUCAGGCAAGUGCACCAAAAGUGCCCUAGAAUAUGGUCCCCCGUAGGAGAUGGACCAGCUGCUGGUGAGGAUCUGCCUUUCAAAUGUGGUUUUCUUUUCUUUUUUUUCUUUUUGUUCUGUUUCAUUUUGUUUUUCAGGUUUCUGGAGAACCAGGUGAUAAAUAAAAUGAUUUCCUUACUCCAUCCUUUGUGGCUAAUAAAUUUAGGAGACAAGAGAGAAAACAGGAAUCGAUCCCAGAUGCUGCUGUUGAGAUGGGUAUAUGAUCUACCUGUAUAUAGAUAUAUGCGUAUCUAUCUAUAUCUGUGUAGUGAUAAUAAUGGGAGUUUUUAUGAUACGUUGCUUUACUGUCUUCUAUUUUUAAUAAAGUGCGAUUUUAAGUUAUUAGGUAUAACAUUUUAUUCUGCUUAUUGGCUAAAGUAACAUUUUCUUGUAUUUUAUUGGUAUCAAGUCAUGUUAAUCAUUAAUUGGUAAGAGUUUAUAAUGAAUUAUUAAGGUGUGAAUAUUGUUCAUUAAGGUACGUCUUUUUUUUACUGUAGGUAUUUUCAUGUGUUCGUAUGGGUUUUUAUGUUAAUGAUUUGGGGUUUUUGUGUUAUGAAUAUAUUAGUAUUUUAUUAGGGUUUUUUUGGUUAGUUUACUUGUUUGGUGUGUAGAUCACUCCUGUUAAGUAUGUUUAUCUAUAUAUGUUUUAAAAUGUAAGUUAUAAAUCUACUUGUUAAGGAUUUUUGUAGAGUUCUAUGUAAAAAUUUAAAUCGGUAGGGGAGAUAAAAAGCAGUAAUUAUUAAUAAGAUGAGUAUUUUAGUUUUUAAUAAUGAUUUAAGUUAUUCAGCGAUGUUUUAAUUUUUGAAAAUAUUAUUUAGUUAUUUUUUAUGUGUGAUUGAUUAAUUUUUAAAAAAAAAAUUAGUAAUGUUUUUGUAAAUUGAUUUCUUGUGAUUUCAUCAAUUUAUAUAUUUUUAAAAAUGUUUUCUAUUUAUGAUUGUGUGUGAAUAAUAAAAAAUGAACAGUUGUUUUAUUUUGUAAGGUAGUAUGUUUAAAGAUGUUCAUAUUUGGCAGUAAUUUAUUUAACGUUAUACAUGUGUUAUUGUUUGAUUUGGUUGGUUAAUAAGUAAGUUCAUUUGAUGUGCUUCAAGUGUGAGUUGUAGUUAUUUUAGGUGUUAAAAGAGAUGUAGAACUAAUAGAAUUAGGUUGUUAAAAGGUUGUACGAUUUUGAUCCUGAGAAGUAAAUUUGUGUUGGAGUGAUUGGGUAUUUUUAGGUGGGUGUUCUUUUUUUGGGUUUUUUUUUUGUUUGUUUUUUUUUUUUUUUUUUUGUUUUUUGGUUUUUUUUUUUUUUUUUUGUGUUUUGUUUUGUUUUUUUUUUUAUAUGUAUUAUUGUUAUGUUUGGUCUUAGUGGGUUAAUUGUUUUAAAUUGUAGGUUUGCUGUUUUGAGGUAACUUCUUUGUGGUUUGGUGUGGUUUGGGGGUUGUUUUGUAACUAAAUAUUGUACAAGUAUUUGUUUGUAAUGAUUUGAGUAAUUUUACUUUUGGUGGUUUACCUGUCAUUUGGGGUAUGAGUGUAUAAAUGUUAUUUGAAGAGUUUA